AUGACGGAUCGUAUAGUUUUCAAGAGUGUCAUUGGUAGCCAUAGACUUAGGUCUAAGAAGACCCCAAGGAUUCUAUUUCCUUACUACCAAAAUUAUAAACCGGUUUACCGCGGUAGAAAUUCCAGAACACCAAAGUGGUGUUGGCCUGAUGUUGAUAAGUAUCCAUACCAUACACAUCAGAAAAGAUUUCCCGCUAAAAGUGAUAUAAACAUAGAAUUUUUUGCACAAUUUUGCAACCGUUCCGAAAAAAAUCGAACGCUAUUCGAACUUCUCCACACACUCCCCAACUACGGAAUAAAAUCCAUAGUCUACAAGAAACGGGUUAAACCGGAGGCGGAUGUAAUCAUGUAUGAUAAAUCAUCUUUUAAUACUAAAAAUGAUUUAUCUUCCACCGAUAAAGAUUAUUGUAGACAAAAUAAAAAUAUUGGAGAUGAAAAUGAAGAGCAAACGCAUGAAUGCAGAUUGAAUAUCAAUGACAGCACAUACAUAAUUAGUGAUCAUGUCCAAAAUAAUUUGUUUUACUAUAUAAAGCAGGUUAAAUAUAAAAUUCGACCAUUCAAAGCAAAAAUAAUAAGUGAUAUGUAUUACAAUGAUAAACUUAUAAAACGCAACAUAACACCAAAUGGCGCUAUAAGGGGAGUAUGGAGGUAUUCCUUCCCCAUCACUCAUACUGAAAACAAACAUUUAUAUAGACCCGCUGUACAAGCAUGUUACGGUGAUCUAAUUAUUGGGCAUUAG